AUGGCUUCCACCCUCGAUUCCGAAGCCCCUCACAACAACUUUGACACUAUUCUUGUGCUCGACUUUGGCUCCCAAACUAGCCAUUUGAUUCUGCGGCGUCUUCGUGCUCUUGGUGUCUUUGCCGAGCUGCUGCCGUGCACCACCAAGGUUGCCGAGCUGUCAUGGAAGCCUAAAGGAAUCAUCUUCUCCGGAGGCCCUGCCUCUGUCUAUGACGAGGGCUCCCCCCACGUUGACCCUGCCGUGUUUGACCUCAACGUCCCCAUUCUUGGCAUUUGCUACGGUUGCCAGGAAAUCGCUUGGCGAAUCAACUCCGAGAAUGUCGUCCGCGGAGAGACGAGAGAGUAUGGUCACGCCGACCUCAACAUUACCAAAGUCAACACCCACGCCGACCGGCUAUUCGCCGGCCUCGGAGACAGUAUCUCCGUCUUCAUGUCCCACUUUGACAAGCUCAUCAAGCUGCCCAAGGACUUUAUUGUCAUUGCCGCCACUAAGAGCUCUGAGUUUGCCGGCAUCGCCCACGAGGAAAAGCCCAUCUACGGCGUGCAAUUCCACCCCGAGCUCGAGCAUACGCCCCAGGGCACUAAAAUCUUGUCCAACUUCAUCGCUAUCUGUAGUGCUAAGGCUAACUGGAAAAUGGGCAACUUUGUUGAGCUUGAGAUUGCGCGUAUCCGCGAGCUUGUUGGCCCUAAGGCGCUUGUUAUUGGUGGCGUUAGCGGCGGCGUUGAUAGCACUGUUGGCGCGACACUAAUGCGUGAGGCUAUUGGCGACCGCUUUAUCGCGAUUGGUAUUAAUAAUGGCUGUAUGCGGUUGAAUGAGUUUGAAGAGGUUAAGAGGAAUUUGCAGGACCACCUUGGCAUUAACCUCACCGUUGUCGAGGCGAGCGAGCUGUUCUUAGGUCGUCUGGCGGGGGUUACUGAUCCUGAGAAGAAGCGAAAGAUUAUUGGAUCAACUUUUAUCGAUGUCUUUGAGCAAGAGGCUAUCAGGAUUGAACGGGAAGCAGAAAACACACCAAACUCUGGCAAAGUGGAAUGGUUCCUACAAGGAACGCUGUAUCCCGAUGUUAUCGAGUCGCUCUCGUGGCGCGGCCCGUCGGCAACGAUAAAGACGCAUCACAACGUCGGUGGUUUGCCCGAGCGAAUGAUGAAUGGCCAGGGUCUACGUCUUAUCGAGCCGCUCCGGCUGUUAUUCAAAGAUGAAGUGAGGGCAAUUGGCCGUCAACUCGGCAUUCACGAAACACUCGUCGGCAGACACCCCUUCCCCGGACCCGGAAUUGCCAUCCGAAUCCUCGGCGACGUUACGCCGGAGCGAGUUGAGAUUGCCCGCAAGGCUGACCAUAUCUUCAUCUCCAUGAUUCGAGAGGCGGGUCUUUACGACCAGAUGUCCCAAGCCUUUGCCGGCCUCGAUACCAACCGUAGUGUUGGUGUCUUUGGCGAUCAGCGUGUGUGGGGUUACAUCAUCAUCCUCCGCGCCGUGUGUACCAAGGACUUUAUGAGCGCCGAGGUGUUCAACUUUGACAAUGCCUUCCUCCAGGAGGUAUCGCGUGCCAUUUGCAACCAGGUAGAUGGCGUGUCUCGUGUCGUCUACGAUUUGACAUCGAAGCCUCCUGGCACUAUCGAGCUGGAAUAA